UCCCGGCGGCGGAACAGCGAACCAAAAGUCGGAGGUUUCCGGUAAAACUUAGCGCUAUGAAGGAACUUGUGGAUGUGGACCUCGACCUGGAGAGAACCUGACAGCGGUGUGGGCUGCUUUCACGUCGUUUCGGGAAGAUCCCUGGGGCUUCAGGAUGACGCGGGUGACUUCCGAGCUGGAGUUUCAAACGCUAGCAGAGUGUAACUACUGCUUCCCAGAUGAAGUCCUGGCAGAGGUCAGAGAGGUCACAGUGGCGUUUCCUGACCUGCACCUCUACGUGGAUUAUUACUAUUACCCCAAUAAAGACAGGAAGAAGCUGGUCCAUCUGCGUGGCACCGUCCCCCUGCUUUACGAAGGGGUAUAUUACAACAUCCCGGUGUGCAUCUGGCUCCAUGAAACUCAUCCUCAGAACCCUCCACGCUGCCUGGUGUGCCCACUAAACAGCAUGGUGAUCAACAGCAAGAGCAGCAGCGUGGACGCUCAGGGUCACGUCCUCCUGCACUGCCUCAGCAACUGGAAGCAGGGUUGGUCCAACCUGUCCAUCGUCCUGGAGGAGAUGGUCGCUGCGUUUCAGCGCGAGUCACCGCUUUUCUCCACCCGUCCGAACAAAUCUCCAAAUCUGGCCUCUAACAUGAAGCAGCAUUCUCUCGUGGAUCAGCCGGACCAUCGCACACCUGAUCCGACCCCCGGAAGUGGGAACUCCGUGCACAGGAAGUUCUCUCACCCUGAAAUGUCCACGUCGUCUAUGAACCAGUCGGCCCACAGCUAUCCUAAAUGUGUGAAGGGGAGUCAGUCUCAGGAUGGUGUAGGAGAGCUGAGCGGGGCCAAGAGGUCGUACACGCAGGAGCUGAUGGAUUUCCAGAUUUCGUUCGGAGCGCAGAGCCUCCAGAAAAACCCAACUAACCCGUUCAUCACUGCCCCAAAUAUGAACUCCACCGAUCCAGAGGACAUCAGCAACCUGUUUAAAAGCCUUCGUCUGGAACGGAUAGUUAACAUGUACCAGGCUGAAUACAAAGACAAGGACAUCCCUCAGGCGUGGAGGCAGAGUCAGGAGCAUGACGAGGGGCACGUAGAGGGUUCUUUGCCUCUGCCGAGGUUACUUGAUAACAGACACCGAGUCUUGGUGAGUCAUCUGCCCGUGGGUGUUUCCCCUCAGAGGAUGAAGAACAAACUGACCAUAUACUUCCAGAGGAAGCAGAACAGAGGUGGUGAGGUAGUGACCGUCACUUACCCUUCAGUUCAGCCAGACCAGGCGGUGGUCACCUUCAGGAACUGCAGAGAUGCAGCUUAUGUCCUGAAAGAGCCAAACAGGAUCAUCGCCAUGGACGAGCAUCAAAUUCUCAUCCAGCUGCAGAACUUCAAUAGUGCACAACAGGUCCACGUCCCAGAGUGCAUCCAGGGCGAGAAAGCCGAGAUGUUCAACAUCAUCCUGAGUCAGGAGGGUUGCACUUUCACCCCCGCAGAUGUGCUGGAGGCGGUUCAGGCGUGCAGAGACAUCCCGUCUGCUCUCAAAUACCUUUCUCACGACUGCCCCAUCUGCCAGGAGCAGGUGUCCUUCAGUAAGAUGAUCACCAUGACCCACUGCUUGUGCACGUUCUGCGAAUGCUGCUUCAAGGCCUACUUCUCGUCCGUCAUCAAAGAGAAGAGCAUCGACUACGCCGUGUGUCCGCUGUGUAAUGAGCCGGACGUGCGAGCGGCUGGACACAGGGAGGAGUCCAUGGAGUACUUCAGCCUGCUCGACACGCAGAUCAGGCAUUAUUUAGACACGCAGACCCAUGAGCUGUUCCAGAGGAAGCUGAGGGACCGGGCUCUGCAGGAGAUGCCUAACUUCCGCUGGUGUGCUCAUUGUUCAUUCGGACUUCUACACGAAGCGGACCGACUGAGGAUGGACUGCCCAAGCUGCAGGAAGAGCACAUGCUUUAAAUGCAAAAGCCCUUGGGCUUCCCAGCACGAAGGAAUUUCCUGUGAGAAGUUUAAAGAGUGGCUGCAGCUCAACAGCCCCGAGUUCCAAAACUCACGUCUGGAGCUUCUCCUCAGCAGGAACAAGAUAGAUUGCCCCAAAUGCAAGUUCCGGUUCUUUCUGUCUAAAGGCGGCUGUUUACAUUUUAAGUGCACUCAAUGCCAGCACGAGUUCUGCGGAGGCUGCAGUCAGCCGUUCAGGAUGGGCUCUGCGUGUGAUUUCUCUGCUGAUUGUGCUGCUAAGGGUUUACACGCCCAUCACCCCAGGGACUGCCUGUACCACCUCAGAGACUGGAGUGUGUCCAGACUACGCAGCCUACUGCAGCACCAUGGCGUGUCCCAUCCGUUCGUGUCCAGACGAAAGGAUGACGAAGGACAAAAGUGUCCAAAAGGUGUGUGUGCAGUGAUGGAGCACAAGGAGCCGGGCAGCGUGAAAGAAGAGUCGUGUGGACGUCCGGCUUUCCAAGAAUAUAAGGGUUACUGCACGCUUCAUUAUAAGGAGUGUCUGGUGGAGCUGAUCAACCAGAACCGGCUCGAUCCGGUGGUGUUGUACGACGGACCCGAACUGCGUGCAGAGCUGGACCGCUGGAAAAUCCCCGUUCUGGAAAAACAAGCUCUGGAGUCAGACAAGAUUUACACAGCACGCCUCAGACAGAUGCUGAUCGAGAGGGUGGGUUUGACUCCAGGCGUUACCUCGAGGUCAAACCCGGCUGCUCCGCCCACACCGUCACCUUCUCCCUCGUCGCCGAUGCUCGCCGCCGCUCCCUGGUACACGGUGCUGAACCCCAGCAGAUCCAAAUCUGAAGACUCGCAAAUGCUGCUGCUGCUCAACGACUGAGUCGAGACUUUAAAUCAAACUCGCAUUCGCUACGUUUUUGAUCCGUUAGCAGGUACGCUUCUGAAACGUUUUUCUAUCAGGUGUUGUUAGUUUUGAACUACAGCACCUCCAGCCUUCUCUCAGACUUCAAUGAAGCGUGUAAGCAUUUGCAGUCACUUUGGUUUUCGGCUCACAGCAUUCACAAGCACUUUAUACUCCAGUCGGAAACUCCGCGUCCGACCCCGAGCUUCGUUUUCAUCCCGCGUUUAUUUCUCCUUCUCUGGAUCGAUGUUUUGCGUGACUAUAGAUAUCCAGCGCGUAGCAGAUAAUAGCUGAAGCCAGUUUUAUCGUUUGCAUUUAAUUAUUAACAUUUAAUUUAUUUUACGUGUUUUGUUUCGUAUCACGUAGGUUUUAUUUUUUUCACUGACGCAACACAAACAGGAAGUAAGACGGACCAAUCAGUGGCCUUUUAUAUUAAAAAAUAAUAAUACAAACAGGUACGAAGCAAUUUUAUUAAUGGUUUUGACCAAUUUGAAGAAAUUCUGUUUUGUUUUACUUUUUUGAAGGAGUCAGGAUUUUGUAACGGAGAUGUAACACCAGACGAAUUUACACGUUUCCCGAUUUCAUGUUUACACAAUAAGCUGCAAUUUCUUCAACAAAAAAAAAAAAUUGAGUCUUUUGUAGGAACCAUGCUAUAUGUAACUUUAAACGGAUAAAAAGUACAAUAAAAGAAAUCGUUGCUGUGGUACGAUAUAAAAGAAAAAAGUUCAUUGUUAUAAGAAAAUAAUGAAUUUGAAGAGCAGAAAAAAAACAAACAAACCAACGCUGAUUUUUUUUUCUUUCCCUCGAACGGCACGACUUCCAAAAAGAUCUCGCGCAUAAUAAAUCGAGUCGGGGUACAGACCCGAGACAGAACUAACACACUGCACUGAAUAAUGUAAAGAUACGCUCUCACUCGUGUGUGUGUUUUUCCUCGGAUAGAAGUGUGAGUCUAAACCAUGCCGUGUUCAUUCCUCAUUCCUGCACAUCCACAUCCACACUUAAAAAACCCUGACCAUGUUUCUGCGUCUCCACGUCUUUUUCUUUGAGCUCAAUGUGAAUAACCCUCGUGUUACACUGUUCUGAUUGAGAGAGCAGGAAUGGUGUUUUUAUUGAUUGUGAAGUGAACAGUAAACACAGCCGUGAUUGUAAAUAACUGGAAUAAUAAAAUAUUUUUCUAGCA